AUGGAUGAGUCUGCUUACGGGGAGGCAGCAAGAGCAGGCAGCGGGGUGGAAGGGGUUAGCGGCACCAACGGCUACGUCCAGGACGCAAUCUCGGCGUAGCGGCACAAGAAGGAUCGAACGACUAAAGUCGGCAGGAAGGAGCUUAGGAAGCGACUUGGAGGUACGUCUCUGGUGGAGAGCCCAACCAGGAAGACUCCUGGACCCAUGAGCGCAAGGCGCAAGGUGGAGCAUGAACAUGCCCUGCUACGACCAGGGCGAGAUUCCAGGAGAAGGGUCACAGAGACCCACCAGCUGGCUGAGGCCAACGAAAAGAAGAAUGAGCGGCUGCGGGCGGCUUUUGGCAUCAGUGAGAAUUACGUUGACGGGAGUUCGUUCGACCCCAACCGCAGGGCUAAGGAGGCGGCGGCUGCGGCAGCCAAGCAGCAGGAGCAGCAGAAGCAGUACAGCCUGGUCCGUGAGUCCAGCAGCUCCCGCUCUCCAUCCCCCAAGCAGAAAAAAAAGAAAAAGAAGAAAGACAGAGGCAGGUCAGAGAGCAGAUCCCCUUCUCGAAGGGAGAGGAAAAAGAGCUCUAAGAAGAAGAAACACAGGUCUGAGUCAGACUCGAAGAAGAGGAAACACAGGUCUCCCAGUCCGAAGAGCAAACACAAAGCCAAGGAGAAGAAGAGGAAGAGAUCCACCAGCGAGUCAGCGUCCCAGAGGGGCCGAAGAGGUCGCUCGUCCUCUCCAGACUCUUCCUCCUCCUCGGACAGCUCACGGAGCAGGUCCCGGAGUGUCACCACUCAGAAGCGGGCCUCCCUGCCCAGCGUGACCCCCCCAGCACCGCCGCGGAGGAGAGCCGACCCCGAGGGCGCCUCAAAGGAUGCCCCCAAGAGAGAUCGCUCAGCAUCCCCCGAGGUCAGCCGGCGCGCGCAGAGCAGCAGCCCCCGGGAGAGUCGAGAUAAGCGAGAGAAGCGGUCAUCUCGGCACUCCCCCCACCAGCGUUCCUCCUCCCCGUCGCCCGUCUCCGAGGGGAAGCUAAAGGACAAGGAUCGCCCCUGGCAGCCAGAGCGCAAAUCCACCCCUGCCCUGUCCUCGGAGCGUGAGCCCCGCUCUCAACGUCGCUCCCCGUCCCCCGAGCCAGCCCGAGAGAGGGCCUCGUCUGGCCACAAGCGCCCACCCUCCAAGGAGACCAAGUCCCCCCGAUCCUCCUCCCCACCCCCCAAAAAGCCAGUGGCUGAUCGCCCCAAGAGCCCAUCCCUAGCGGCUGCCCCAUCGGCACCGGCCACCACCCGGAAGGCCCGGCCGUCUCGCUCGGGCUCUGAGAGCGACGAAGACUCGUCCUCCUCUUCCCCCGAGCGGGAUAAGCCGGUCCCGAGCAGGCCGGAGAAAUCGAAGGGCUCCCAGCGCCGGGACCGCUCCAGUUCUUCUCCGGAGCCCUCCCAGCCUGCUAAGGCUGCCUCCAAGCCCUCAUCCCGGCGUGAGCGCUCCAGCACCCCGGUGAAGAGCACCAAAACCCGCUCCCUCUCCAAGAGAGAAGCCAGGUCCCGGUCCCGGACGCCCCCUUCCCGCAGGGAGCGCUCCCGCACCCCGCCCCGCCGGGGAGGUCGUUCCCGUACCCCACCCCGCCGGGGGGCCCGUUCCCGCACGCCACCGAGACGGGGCCGGUCCCGAUCCCGGAGCCCCCAGUGGAGAGGCAGGUCCCGGAGCCCCCAGAGGUGGGGACGGUCCCGUUCCCGCACUCCGCCCAGGUGGGGCAAAUCCCGUACGCCCCAGAGGAGGGGGAGAUCUCGCAGCCCUCAACGGCGAGGGUGGUCCCGCUCCAGGACACCCCAGAGGCCUGGCUGGUCUAGGAGCCGGAACACGGCAAGGCGGGGUCGGUCUAGAACCCCGCCCCGGCGAGGCAGGUCCCGGUCUAGAACCCCACCCCGGCGAGGCAGGUCCCGGUCUAGAACCCCACCCCGGCGAGGCAGGUCCCGGUCUAGAACCCCACCCCGGCGAGGCAGGUCAGGGUCCUCUCCCAGGCGGGAGAAAUCACUGAUUUCAGCCAGGAGGAGCCGCUCUGGGUCAUCAGCCGAGCGGAGGAAAAAAUCCAGGCUGCCCCUGCGAAGGAGCCUGUCUGACUCGUCGCCAGACGUGAAACAGAAAUCCAGGAAAGUGUCAAGACGCAGCCGCUCCGCAUCAUCCCCUCGGCUACAGAAGAAAUCCAGAUCAUCACUCCGGAGGAGCCGCUCUGGCUCAUCCCCUCGGCCAAAAAAGAAAUCCAGAUCAUCUCCUCGGAGGAGCCGGUCAGGGUCGUCUCCAGCGCUGAAGAAGAAAUCCAGAACGCCAUCCAGGAGGAGGAGGAGGAGAAGGUCUGGAUUGUCUCCGGCCCUCAAAAAGAAAUCCAGAUCACCGCCUAGAAGAAGCCGGUCUGGAUCGUCUCCAGAAGCGAAGAAAAAAUCCAGAUCGCCUCCAAGACGAAGGAGGUCUGGAUCUUCUCCACAAGCGAGAAAGAAAUCCAGAUCACCGCCAAGACGAAGCAGGUCUAGGUCCUCGCCAGUGCUGAAGAAGAAAUCUAGAUCGCCCCUGAGACGAAGCAGGUCUAGCUCCUCGCCAGUGUUGAAGAAGAAAUCUAGAUCGCCCCCGAGACGAAGCAGUUCUGGGUCCUCUUCAGUGGCAAAGAAGAAAUCCAGAUCACCACCUGUGAGAGUCCGAUCUGGGUCGUCUCCAGUAUUGAGAGAGAAAUCUAGAUCGCCCCUGAGACGAAGCAGAUCUGGAUCUUCUCCAGUGGUGCGAGAGAAAUCUAGAUCACCCCCGAGACAAAGCAGAUCUGGAUCAUCUCCAGUGGUGAGAGAGAAAUCUAGAUCACCCCUGAGACAGAGCAAAUCUGGAUCAUCUCCAGCUGUGAGAGAGAAAUCUAGAUCACCCCCGAGACGAAGCAGAUCUGGAUCUUCUCCAGUGGUGAGAGAGAAAUCUAGAUCACCCCUGAGACAGAGCAAAUCUGGAUCAUCUCCAGCUGUGAGAGAGAAAUCUAGAUCACCCCUGAGACAGAGCAAAUCUGGAUCAUCUCCAGCUGUGAGAGAGAAACCGAGAUCACCACUGAGACAAAGCAGAUCUGGAUCCUCUCCAGAACAGAGAGGGAAAUCCGUAUCACCUCCUGUGAGAGGCAGGUCUGGUUCCUCUCCUGGGUUGAAGAAGAAAUCUAGGUCUCCUCCAAGGCAAAGUGGGCUUGGAUCUUCGCCAGCCGUGGAAGGGAAAUCCAGAUCUCCUGCAGUGAGAAGCAGAUCUGGAUCCUCUCCAGAACUGAAAAAGCUGUCUAAGACCUCUCCAAGACACAGUGGUCCUGGGUCUUCUCCAGUGGUGGAAGAGAAAUCAAGUUUACCUCCAAGAUGCAGCCAGUCUGGAUCCUCUCCAGAACUGAUGAAGAAAUCCCGAUCGCCGCCUGCGAGAGGCAGGUCUGGAUCCUCUCCGGAACUAAAUGAUAAAUCUAGCUCCUCAAUCCCAAGACAAAGCCAAUCAGGAUCCCCUCCAGAACCAAAAAAGAAAUCCAGAUCACCUCCAAGAUGUGUUAAACCUGGUGCCUCUCCAGUGGUGAAAGAAAAAUCCAGAUCUCCCCAGCCAUGGCAAAGCCGAUCCGGAUCGUCUCCAGAAGCGAAAAAGAAAUCCCCAUCACCAUCCAUAAGAGGGGCCUCUGUAGAGCAAGCAAAAUCCAGAUCGCCUCCCUCACUGAGCGGAUCCGGAUCAUUGUUGACAUUGAAAGGGAAAUCCAGUUCGCCCCCAAGACACAACCGAUCCGGAUCCUCUCCAGGGUCAGGAAGCAAACUUGGAGCAGUUUCAAAACACAACAGGCCUGGGGUUUCUCCAGAAGCUACAGAGCUAGUGAGGAUUUUAGCAGGUCAGGUCAAACCAGCGUCUCCUGAGGCAAAAGACAAAUAUGGAACGUCCCCAAGAAGAAGCAGAUUGGGGUCAUCCCCUGGCAUCAGAGAGAAAUCGAGAACACCUCCGAGCAGCUCGGAGUCUUCUCCAGAACGGGCAGAAGUAUCCCGAUCGCCUCUGAGACGCAGCAGGUCUGGUUCACCCCCUAGGCCCCGAGAGAAGUCCCGGUCGCCCCCCAGACCCCGAGAGAAGUCUCGGUCGCCACUGAGGCGCAGCAGGUCUGGCUCAUCUCCCAGGCCCCGAGAGAAGUCCCGAUCGCCCCUGAGGCGCAGCAGGUCUGGCUCAUCUCCCAGGCCCCGAGAGAAGUCCCGAUCGCCCCCCAGGCCCCAAGAGAAGUCCCGAUCGCCCCUGAGGCGCAGCAGGUCUGGCUCAUCUCCCAGGCCUCGAGAGAAAUCCGAUCCCUCCAAGGCGUGGCAGUCCAGUUCAUCCCCGAGACCUCGAGAGAAGCUGGGGCGUCUCCAGAAGCAGCGUCAGGGCUCGGGUCCCAGAGGACCCAAAGCCGACGAGGCGUGGCCGUCCAGUCUCCCUCCAAAGGGGGAAGGUGGAGAUCUUCCCUGCGGCGAGGAAGAUCCGGGUCGUCGCCAGGAGAACCUGGUCCCGGUCCCAUCUCCAGACGAGGCAGAUCAGAAGCUCCCUGCGGAGAGACCGAUCCUUAUGUUCACUGGCAGGAGCCUCGCGAGAUCCACUCGCUGAUUCUCCCGCCGGGCAGGCGCUCGCCGUCCUCACCCGUACGCAGCGCAUUCCGGGACGCCGCCCGCGCCCGAGCCGAGCGGGUCCUCCCCGCACCGCGGCACCCGCCAGCCCCGCUCCCGCUCCCCACCGAAACUGGACGUCUCCCGCACCCCGGCCUCUUCCUACCAUGGCCGCUCGAAGGCGUCGCCGGCCAGGACCCGCUCAGGCUCCGGCUCGCCAAAACGAGCCGGGAGGAGGUCCCGCUCCCCACCGGUGCUGGAGAAAUACCCCAAAGUGGGAGCGGCCGACAAGGCAGCACCAGGCAGAGCUGAGAAGACGUCGCCCGUGGUGGCGGUGCCCAUCCGGCGCAGCCCGUCCCGCUCCCCGCCGGCUCCGGAUGAGUCCUCUCCCAAAGCCAGGAAAGCCCAUUCCCCUGGCCCCAAGAUCCACUCCCCGCGGCCGGAGGGGUCCCUGGGGGCGGUGAGGAACGGGGGUCCGGCGCCUGCCUGGACCCUGAACUCCUGCCCUGCUGCCCCUGGGGGCUCCCCGCCUGCCGGCCGCCUCCCCCAAGCCAAAGGGCCAGAGAAAGUCAGAUCUUCCUCCUCUUCCUCUUCCUCCUCCUCCUCCUCCGCCACGCAGAAGGUGCCCAGCCCCCUGCCCACCCCACUCCCGGUGCUGCCCCCCAAGGAGGAAGACAGGGAAGGGCCCAAGGUCAAGUCAGAGCCGCCAGCCCCGGAGGUGCCUGGGGAGCUGCCAGACAAAGCCAGGGGCGGAGCCGUCAAGGUGCUGGUGCCGCUGCCGGUGCCCCCCCGCACCCCGUCCAAAGAGAAGAGGAGCUCGUCCACCUCCUCAUCUUCGUCGUCCUCGUCCUCUUCCUCCUCCUCGUCCUCUUCCUCCGACUCCAGCUCCAGUUCCAGCUCCUCAGAGUCCAGCCACGACUCCCCGGCGAGCAAGGGACCCGACCUGGAGACGGCGAAGAAAGAGCCCCCGAGCCCGGCGCAGAAGGAACUGGCCCGUGAGGGGCGCCCCCUGGAGGUGGCCAAGCGGAAACGCCGUUCCCGAAGCUCCAGCAGCUCCAGCAGCAGCUCGUCGUCAUCAUCCUCCUCAUCUUCAUCCUCAUCUUCCUCCUCCUCCUCAUCGUCGUCCUCCUCAUCCUCUUCUUCCUCUUCCUCCUCCUCGUCCUCCUCCCCCAAGCCGGGGCCCCAGCCGCAGCCCAAGGCGGCCCCCAAGAAGCCCUCGCCUGAGCAGAGGCGCUCCCGGAGCCCCCGGAAGCCGAUCGACUCCCUGCGCGACUCACGCUCUCUCAGCUAUUCCCCGGCCGAGCGGCGCCGGCCUUCCCCUCCGGAGCCCCCCCUGGCCCAGCGGGACCGGCACAGGUAGGUGUCUGCCUGAGCCCCCCCCGGGACCAGCUCGUGGUGGGGUGGG